AUGGCAGACCUGAAGAUGGCAGACCUGAAAAUGGCAGACCUGAAAAUGGCAGACCUGAAGAUGGCAGACCUGAAGAUGGCAGACCUGAAGACGCCAGACCUGAAGACGCCAGACCUGAAGACGCCAGACCUGAAGAUGCCAGACCUGAAGAUGCCAGACCUGAAGAUGCCAGACCUGAAGACGCCAGACCUGAAGACGCCAGACCUGAAGACGCCAGACCUGAAGACGCCAGACCUGAAGACGCCAGACCUGAAGACGCCAGACCUGAAGAUGCCAGACCUGAAGACAAACAAACCAGACCAGACAAACGAGGAGGCCAGACCUGAAGAUGCCAGACCUGAAGACGCCAGACCUGAAGACGCCAGACCUGAAGAUGCCAGACCUGAAGACGCCAGACCUGAAGACGCCAGACCUGAAGAUGCCAGACCUGAAGAUGCCAGACCUGAAGACGCCAGACCUGAAAACGCCAGACCUGAAGACGCCAGACCUGAAGAUGCCAGACCUGAAGACGCCAGACCUGAAGACGCCAGACCUGAAGACUGA